UGCCAUGCCACCAAAUAACGACAUCAUAAAUCCAAAUGAAAAUCUGGAAAUACCGAAAUGGAUAACUGCAGACUAUUUUACAAAUAUUUUGGAAAAGGAUGAACCAAAUUAUAAAAAGGUUAUUAAAUUUACACCGACGGCAGCGAUACCACCAGGGGAGAAUUUUACAUCCAUAAUGCUUCGCGUACACAUCGAUUUGGAAAUGAAAGAUGGUAGCAAAAAACGUAAAACCUACGUCCUUAAAACUCAAUUGGAUGAUGAAAAAGGUGGUAGUGAUAUUAAGAAAAUGUCACUCUUCCCCAAAGAAAUGGAAAUGUAUCGCACAUAUCUUCCUGCAUUUGAAGAACUUUAUGAAGCUGCUGGCUGGCAAGUCCAGUUAUCUCCAAAAUGUAUUUUCACAGAACUUAACGAUGGACGAAUAAAUUUCGUUUUCGAAGACUUACAGACCAAAAAUUUCAAAAACAUAAAUCGCUUGAAGGGCUGCAAUAUGGGAGAAAUGAGACGUAUUCUGCAAAAAUUGGCUGAAUAUCAUGCUGCCUCAGCAAUUUAUGCAGAACAACAUGGUCCAUAUCCAGAAGACUUUCAAAGCGGAUUUGUGCAUAACAAUGAAGGAUACGGAUUUCAUAAGAAUUUAUACAAUUCACGAGUAAAUGCCUAUAAGAAAGCUAUAAGUGGUUGGGGAUUGGAAGAUGCUGACAAAUAUAUUAAGAAUUUUCCAACAUUCGAACAAUAUUGGAAAUGUUGUCAAAGUACUUUGGAUACCUCAAAUAAUAAAUUUAAUGUAUUAACGCAUGGUGAUUUUUGGUCCAGUAAUCUUAUGUUUAACAGCUUGCCUGAUGGCGAAGUCGAUGAGUUACUGCUGUUGGACUUUCAGAUAUGCAAAUGGGGUAGUCCAGCUGAAGAUUUAUUAUUCUUUAUCAGCAUUUCAGCUGCUAAAGAUAUUCGUAUUAAAGAGUUUGAUCACUUUGUGGAAAUCUACUAUGAACGUUUGAUUGAGUGCCUUAAACUGCUUAAGUUUAAACAGCCGCUUCCACAGUUGCGUGAAAUUCAAAUAGAAAUGUUUUCUAAGCACAAUAGCUUUUAUGCGUUCUUUGCUUGCUUUAAUCAUUUAUUCCUUGUUUUGUUGCCAUCUGAUAAAGACAGCAACAUUAAUUUUCUUCUGAGAGACGAUGAAGAGGGCGAAAAAUUCAGAAUGCGUGCCUUUAUGAAUCCAGCUUUUAAGGAAACAAUGCGAGAUUUAUAUCCGUUUUACUACAGACGCGGUUUAUUCAAUUUCCAGGACUACGACAAUUAAAACAUUUAUGUUAAUCAAAGAACUGAAAAAGAUGCUUUUGCUUAUUUAAUGAAAUUUCAAUAUUUAAUGAUAUCAACUUAACUUUGAAACAACUACUUAGUCAAUUAUCUUAAUAUAAAUUUUGAAUUUUUUCUAUAUGAAUGACAUUAAUAUCAGAAUGUUGUUUUUGGGAUCUCCUCCUUUACCAACGCAUUUAUUCAUUUCUUGGAUCAAGUAAUCACCUCUUCAGUUAACAUUAUUUAAUUAGGAAACA